UCCAUGAGGGGUAGAUGGCAGUUUAGCAGUUGGUUUGGAGAACUUGGUUCUGCAGGUUGGCUGGAGAAGCGGUCCUAUUUCCUUUUUGAUUGUGGCUUUGCUGACUUGCCUCCAGCAACAGAAAGCGAUAGAAAGAGCCUUUGCCUGAAAGCUGCAGGGGUGCCUAGUUGACUAAACAUCAAAAGAGAAAAAGCCAGAUACAAGAUGAGUGACUCGGACCUCAACCACACUCAAACUAUAGGCAAAAUUUCUCACGCAAGAUGAAAUCCAUGAAUUCAAAGAGUGCUUCUCGCUGUAUGACAAGACUCGCAAAGGCAAGAUAUAUGCUGGGGACCUGAUCACAGUGAUGCGAUCCCUGGGCACCAUGCCCACACCCGGAGAGGUGGAGAGACACCUGCUACAUCACAAAAUAGAAAGAAGUGGAGAAUUGGAUUUCUCAACUUUCCUUGCCAUCAUCCACCAGCAAAGGCAGCAAGAGGACCCACAGAAGGAGAUUCUGGAAGCCAUGUUGAUGACAGACAAACAAAAAAGAGGCUUCAUAACAGCGACUGAACUGAGGACCAAACUGACCCAACUCGGCGAGAAACUAACCAACCAGGAAGUUGAUGACCUCUUGCGGGAAGCAAAUAUUUCCCCAAAUGGCAUUGUGAAAUAUGAGGAUUUCGUCCGGACCAUCACUCUACCAGCAGCAGGUUACUGAUCUUCUUCCAGACAAUACAUUGGGGAAUCCUGACACCACAACUCAGCCUCCCGAUGUUAAGCCACCUAAAUUAUUCAUUCAUUGAUUCAACUGCAACCCAACUGAAGAUCAGACAGUGGUCACCACAAGCAUCAAGAUAAAUACAGUUGAAAGGCUUCAUUUAGUCCUCCUUGAAACAGCUGCUCUUUUGUCUCCAUCACAGUAUCUAACUCUCUCUUAAAUAACCCCAAGGCUCUUCCUCUCUGCUGCUCUUCCCAGGUUCCAUUCCAAGUGUUGAGCAUAGUGUGUGUGAAGCAGAACUUAUUUUUUUUGUUCAUUCACAGUAUAUGGGCAUCACUGGCUAGGCCAACAUUUAUUACCCACCCAUAAUUGCCCUUGAGAAGGUCGUAAUGAAUUGCCUUGACAACUGAGUGGCUUGCUAGGCCAUUUCAGAGGGCAGUUAAGAGUCGACCACAUUGCUGUGGAUCUGGAGUCACACAUAGAUGGGUUUCACAUGAGGAUCCGGUAGUUACACGUUCACCAUGGUCAACUUCUUGACAUUAUUCUUAAAUUUGCCUUUCACUGGUUGCUAUCUGUGCAAGUCUUGUCCUCCUGACAUGGUGAACGAUGAAAGGGCCUUCUCACAACAUGGCUUUUCAAUACUAUUUCAUAUCUUCGAUGCUGCUACAGAGUCCGCUCCAUCACCUAUCAAGACAGAGAUUGUUGGGCUUUUACAGCAAAGUAACAGCUUGUAUUUAUGGAGCACCUUUAACAUAGUAAAACUUCACAAGGUGCUCCGCAGGAAGGUUAUCAAAAAAAAUUGACACUGAGCCACCUAAGCAAUUUUAGGUCUGGUGACCAAAAACUUGGUCAAAGAGGUGGGUUUUAAGGAGCUGAUUAAAGGAAGAGAGAUGGGACUCUGCAUUGGCUGAGAUUGGCUUCAAUGGCACUGUCUGUACUGGUCUCACUAUCACCAUUGCAUUCCACGUUCAAAACAUUAUAAACAGGCUCACUUUGUUGUGUGUGUUGUUGCAACCCGAAAUAUGUUAAAAUGUUUUUAAUCCAUAAAAUAAAGGCAAUUUGUUU